UAAACGGACAUGGACAAACAAAAAACGACGGUGUAUUUAAUGCCGUGUUGCGAACGUAUCCCGGAUCAUUUGUAAACCGGCCGGCAAACAGAGCGGACGCGAAGAUGACACGCAAAGUUCAUAUCAAAUAUAAUCAGUUGUUCAUCAACAACGAGUUUGUGGAUGCUGUGAGUAGGAAAAAGUUUACCACUAUAAAUCCAGCUGAUGGAACGGUUAUUGCUGAGGUAGCAGAGGGUGACAAGGCUGAUGUGGACAAGGCAGUUACAGCUGCAAAGCAAGCAUUCAGUCGAGGAUCAAAAUGGAGAAACAUGAAUGCAUCUGGACGUGCAAAGUUAAUGAACAAACUUGCAGACCUUAUGGAACGUGAUGCAGAAUACAUUGCUACUCUAGAAACUAUGGACACUGGUAAAACAUUCACAAAUACACUUCCUGAGGUGUAUUACUCCGCAAGUGCGAUACGUUACCAUGCUGGAUGGUGUGACAAAAUCACUGGUGAUACCAUUCCAACAGAUGGAAACUACAUCACUUUUACACGGAAGGAACCAGUUGGUGUAGUAGGACAAAUCAUUCCUUGGAACUAUCCCUUUGCUAUGCUGGUGUGGAAAUGGGCCCCAGCAUUGGCAACUGGAUGUACUAUCAUUCUGAAACCGGCUGAGCAAACGCCGUUGUCUGCGCUUUAUGCCGCUGCACUUGUUAAGGAGGCUGGAUUUCCUCCAGGUGUUGUAAAUGUUAUCACAGGAUAUGGACCAACUGCUGGUGCAGCUAUUUCUGAACAUCCGGACAUUCGUAAAAUUGCAUUCACUGGAUCCACAGAUGUUGGUCACUUAAUAAUGCAAGCUGCCGGUGGGACCAACCUCAAGCGCGUUAGUCUCGAGUUGGGUGGCAAAAGUCCUCUGGUCGUUUUUGAUGACUUUGAUGUCAAGGAAGCUGCAGAAAUAGCUCACAAUGCUGUCUUCGCUAACCAUGGACAAAACUGUUGCGCUGGUUCGCGUACUUUUGUACAUGUCAAGAUCUACGACGAAUUCGUCAAUCACGCCAAGCAGUUGGCACUUCAAAGGAAAGUUGGCGAUCCUUUCAAUUCGGAAACACAACAGGGACCACAAAUCGACGAAGAAAUGUUCAAUAAGGUCUUGGGAUUGAUUCAGUCUGGAAAAGAACAAGGCGCGGUCUUGGAAACUGGUGGGGAACGAAUGGGCAAAGUUGGCUACUUUAUUAAGCCUACCGUUUUCUCUAACGUCACCGACAAUAUGAAUAUUGCCAAGGAGGAAAUAUUUGGACCUGUUCAGUCCAUUCUGAAAUUUGAAACCAUGGACGAAGUUAUUGAACGCGCGAACAAUACUAAAUACGGCCUUGCAGCUGGCGUGCUCACCAAAGAUAUCGAUAAAGCAUUGGUGUUUGCUCAAGCAGUGGAAUCUGGCAGUGUUUGGGUGAAUUGCUAUGACGCCAUUGCAAAUCAAACUCCGUUUGGCGGAUUCAAAGAGUCAGGCAUUGGUCGCGAACUGGGAGCUGAAGGAAUAAAGGAAUAUCUCGAGCUCAAGACUGUGACUAUCAAGGUGCCAACACGCAACUAAGAAAAACGUGCGUGAACAUUUAAAUAUACUGUUUUGUUAUGUUGGUUUUAAGUAAAUAUUCAU